UGUGUGCUUUUCGGUUGACGGAUGGCUGCGGGCUGAGAGCGAGCGUGCGGGCGUGAGUGUGUGCUUGCGCGUGUGUGUGCGCGGGGUGCGUGCGCGCGCGGGGCCUGCCCAUUUUCCUCCUCGCCGCAGUCGGCUGGGAGCUGGAGGGCGGGAGAGCGGGAGACGCAGCCGGCCGGCGAGAAGCCGAGGAGGGGCCGAGCGCCCUCCGCCAAGGCGCCCUCGCUCGGUCCGCGCGCGGGCGCCGUCGCUCGGAGGAGCAGGCUGCCUCCCAGCCCCUAAGGGCGGCGCUGCCCGGGCUGCCCCUGGAGGCCCCCGGGCGGGGAUGGUGAGCGGCUGCGGCCGGCCGGCGCACGAGCGGACGCGGCGAGGGCACCAUGGCGCUGGCGGCCCGGAGGGGGCCCCCGGCGCGGCUCGUCCGGCCCGAGCUCUGGCUGCUGCUGUGGGCGGCCGCGUGGCGCCUGGGUGCCACGGCGUGCCCCGCGCUCUGCACCUGCACGGGCGCCACGGUGGACUGCCACGGCACGGGGCUGGCGGCCAUCCCGAAGAACAUCCCGCGGAACACCGAGCGCCUGGAACUCAAUGGCAACAACAUCACUCGGAUCCACAAAAAUGACUUCGUGGGGCUCAAGCAGCUGCGAGUGCUGCAGCUGAUGGAGAACCAGAUUGGAGUGGUGGAACGGGGGGCUUUUGACGACAUGAAGGAGCUGGAGCGGCUACGACUGAACCGGAACCAGCUCCACACGUUGCCAGAACUGCUGUUCCAGAAUAACCAGGCUCUUUCGAGACUGGACCUGAGUGAGAACACAAUCCAGGCCAUCCCCAGAAAAGCUUUUCGUGGAGCUACAGACCUCAAAAAUUUACAGCUGGACAAGAACCAGAUUAGCUGCAUCGAGGAAGGAGCCUUCCGGGCUCUGCGGGGGCUGGAGGUGCUGACCCUGAACAACAACAACAUCACCACCAUCCCUGUGUCCAGCUUCAAUCACAUGCCCAAGCUGCGGACCUUCCGCCUGCACUCCAACCACCUGUUCUGCGACUGCCACCUGGCCUGGCUCUCACAGUGGCUGAGGCAGCGGCCAACCAUCGGGCUCUUCACCCAGUGCUCAGGCCCCGCCAGCCUGCGUGGCCUCAACGUGGCUGAGGUCCAGAAGAGUGAGUUCAGCUGCUCAGGCCAAGGGGAGGCGGGGCGAGUGCCUUCCUGCACCCUUUCCUCUGGCUCCUGCCCGGCCAUGUGCUCCUGCAGCAACGGCAUUGUGGACUGUCGCGGCAAAGGCCUCACUGCCAUCCCCGCCAACCUGCCUGAGACCAUGACGGAGAUCCGCCUGGAGCUCAAUGGGAUUAAGUCCAUCCCCCCAGGAGCCUUCUCUCCCUACAGAAAGCUGCGGAGGAUAGACCUGAGCAACAACCAGAUUGCAGAAAUCGCGCCCGAUGCCUUCCAGGGCCUCCGCUCCCUGAACUCGCUGGUCCUGUAUGGGAACAAGAUCACAGACCUCCCCCGGGGUGUGUUUGGAGGCUUGUACACCCUACAGCUCCUGCUCUUGAAUGCCAACAAGAUCAACUGUGUCCGGCCCGAUGCCUUCCAGGAUCUGCAGAACCUCUCACUUCUCUCCCUGUAUGACAACAAGAUCCAGAGCCUUGCCAAGGGCACCUUCACCUCCCUGAGGGCUAUCCAAACCCUGCAUCUGGCCCAGAACCCUUUCAUCUGUGACUGUAACCUCAAGUGGCUGGCGGACUUCCUGCGCACCAACCCCAUCGAGACGAGCGGGGCCCGCUGCGCCAGCCCUCGACGCCUUGCCAACAAGCGCAUCGGGCAGAUCAAGAGCAAGAAGUUCCGGUGCUCAGCCAAAGAGCAGUACUUCAUUCCAGGCACAGAGGACUACCAGCUGAACAGCGAGUGCAACAGCGAUGCGGUCUGUCCCCACAAGUGCCGCUGUGAGGCCAGCCUGGCCGAGUGCUCCAGCCUGAAGCUCACCAAGAUCCCAGAGCGCAUCCCCCAAUCCACGGCUGAGCUACGAUUAAACAACAAUGAGAUUUCCAUCCUGGAGGCCACUGGGAUAUUUAAAAAACUCACUCAUCUGAAGAAGAUCAAUCUGAGCAACAACAAGGUGUCGGAAAUCGAAGAUGGGGCCUUCGAGGGCGCCGCCUCUGUGAGCGAGCUGCACCUGACGGCCAACCAGCUGGAGUCCAUCCGGAGCGGCAUGUUCCGAGGCCUGGACGGCUUGAGGACCCUGAUGCUGAGGAACAACCGUAUUAGCUGCAUCCACAACGACAGCUUCACAGGCCUGCGCAACGUCCGCCUCCUCUCGCUCUAUGACAACCAGAUCGCCACCAUCUCCCCCGGGGCCUUCGACACCCUGCAGGCCCUGUCCACGCUAAACCUCCUGGCCAACCCUUUCAACUGCAACUGCCAGCUGGCCUGGCUUGGCGACUGGCUGCGGAGGAGGAAGAUCGUGACAGGGAACCCACGGUGCCAGAACCCAGAUUUCUUGAGGCAGAUCCCCCUGCAGGACGUGGCCUUCCCUGACUUCAGGUGCGAGGAAGGCCAGGAAGAGGGGAGCUGCCUGCCCCGCCCACAGUGCCCCCAGGAAUGUGCCUGCCUGGACACCGUGGUCCGAUGCAGCAACAAGCACCUCCAGGUCCUGCCCAAGGGCAUCCCCAAGAAUGUCACAGAACUCUACUUGGACGGGAACCAGUUCACACUGGUUCCGGGAGAGCUGUCCACCUUCAAGUACCUGCAGCUUGUGGACUUGAGUAACAACAAGAUCAGCUCCUUAAGCAAUUCCUCCUUCACCAACAUGAGCCAGCUGACCACUCUGAUCCUCAGCUACAAUGCCCUCCAGUGUAUCCCUCCUCUGGCCUUCCAGGGGCUGCGCUCCCUGCGUCUGCUGUCCCUGCACGGCAAUGACAUCUCCACCCUCCGAGAGGGCAUCUUCACAGACGUGACCUCCCUGUCUCACCUGGCCAUUGGCGCCAACCCUCUGUACUGUGACUGCCAUCUCCGCUGGCUGUCCAGCUGGGUGAAGACAGGCUAUAAGGAGCCAGGCAUUGCCCGCUGUGUGGGGCCCCCAGACAUGGAGGGCAAGCUGCUCCUCACCACACCUGCCAAGAAGUUUGAAUGCCAAGGUCCCCCCACCCUGGCUGUCCAGGCCAAGUGCGAUCCCUGCUUAUCCAGCCCGUGCCGGAACCAGGGCACCUGCCAUAACGACCCCCUGGAGGUGUACAGGUGUGUCUGCUCCAGUGGCUAUAAGGGCCGAGACUGCGAAGUAUCCCUGGAUGGCUGUUCCAGCAGCCCCUGUGGAAAUGGAGGGACCUGCCGCCCACAGGAGGGCGGGGACGCCGGGUUCAUGUGUUCCUGUCCUGCCGGCUUUGAAGGCCCAACCUGUGAGGUGAAUACGGAUGACUGUGUGGAGCACACAUGCGCCAAUGGGGGUAUCUGUGUGGAUGGUGUGGGCAACUACACCUGCCAGUGCCCCCUACAGUACACGGGAAGGGGCUGUGAGCAGCUGGUGGACUUCUGCUCCUCAGAUUUGAACCCGUGUCAGCACGAGGCCCAGUGUGUGGGUACUCCAGAUGGGCCCAGGUGUGAGUGUGCACCAGGUUACGUGGGUGACAACUGCAGUGAGAACCAGGAUGACUGCAGGGAUCACCGCUGCCAGCAUGGGGCCCAGUGUGUGGAUGAAGUCAACAGCUACUCCUGCCUCUGUGCUGAGGGCUACAGCGGGCAGUUCUGUGAGGCCCCUCCCCGCCCUCCUGCCCCCAGAAGCCCCUGCGAGGGGACCGAGUGCCAGAAUGGGGCCAACUGUGUGGACCAGGGUGGUGGGCCUGUGUGCCAGUGCCUCCCAGGCUUCGGCGGCCCCGAGUGUGAGAAGUUGCUCAGUGUCAACUUUGUGGAUCGGGACACCUACCUGCAGUUCACUGACCUGCAGAAUUGGCCCCGGGCCAACAUCACGCUGCAGGUCUCCACGGCAGAGGACAACGGGAUCUUGCUGUACAAUGGAGACAAUGACCACAUGGCAGUGGAGCUGUACCAGGGUCACGUGCGUGUCAGCUAUGACCCGGGCAGCUACCCCAGCUCGGCCAUCUACAGUGCCGAGACGAUCAAUGAUGGACAGUUCCACACCGUUGAGCUGGUCACCUUUGACCAGAUGGUGAAUCUCUCCAUCGAUGGAGGCAGUCCCAUGACCAUGGACAAUUUUGGCAAACACUACACACUAAACAGCGAAGCUCCCCUCUACGUGGGAGGGAUGCCAGUGGACGUGAACUCAGCCGCCUUCCGCCUGUGGCAGAUCCUCAACGGCACCAGCUUCCACGGUUGCAUCCGAAACCUAUACAUCAACAAUGAGCUGCAGGACUUCACUAAGACGCGGAUGAAGCCAGGCGUGGUGCCAGGCUGUGAGCCCUGCCGAAAGCUCUACUGCCUGCAUGGCAUCUGCCAGCCCAAUGCCACCCCGGGGCCUGUGUGCCAUUGUGAGGCCGGCUGGGGGGGCCUACACUGUGACCAGCCAGCUGAUGGCCCCUGCCAUGGCCACAAGUGUGUCCACGGGAAAUGUGUGCCCCUCGACGCUCUUUCCUACAGCUGCCAGUGCCAGGAUGGGUACUCGGGGGCUUUGUGCAACCAGGCGAGGGCACCUGCAGAUCCUUGUGGGGGCCUGCAGUGCCUACAUGGCCACUGCCAGGUCUUGGCCACCAAGGGGGCACACUGUGUGUGUGACCCCGGUUUUUCGGGCGAGCUGUGUGAGCAAGAGUCCGAGUGCCGGGGGGACCCUGUCCGGGACUUUCACCAGGUCCAGAGGGGCUAUGCCAUCUGCCAGACCACGCGCCCGCUGUCGUGGGUGGAGUGCCGGGGCUCCUGCCCAGGUCAGGGCUGCUGCCAGGGCCUGCGGCUGAAGCGGAGGAAGUUCACCUUUGAGUGCAGCGACGGGACCUCUUUUGCCGAGGAGGUGGAGAAGCCCACCAAGUGUGGCUGCGCCGUCUGCGCCUAGCGCCUGGCUGGACGGGGAGGGGUGAGGCGGGCAAGGGGGCCUGCAGCCGGGUCGGUGCGGCCGCGUAGCUGCUCCUGGGCGGCGCGGCGUGCGGUGGGAGGGCUGGGCCGACCUCCCGGAGCGCCGGCGCUGGGGGCGGGGCGGGGCCCGGGCUGCAGGCCGCUCUCCCUCCCGAAGUGCCUUGCACAAAUAGGCGCUUAAUAAAUAUUUGUUGAAUGAAUGUGUGCUUGAGGUCAGGCCAAGAAGUGCAGAAUGGUGACACCCCCUGCUUGCCCACUACUUGGGUCUGAAGGAGGGACUGGCCCCUUCCCAAACCAGCUUUUCCCUGGCUGCAGAAGCUCCUUAUCCCCCUGCAGUUGAUCUUGAAGCCUCCCCUGGGGCAGCCAGCCUGACUCUGCUCUGUAUGCUGCCGUAGCAUCUGCUAGCAGUAGGCCAGGCUGCUGAGGGGACGGCCCCUCCUGCUGGCCAGGAAGGGGCUGACCCUUACCCCCUGGGCUGAACAGCACAGCAGCCACUGCUUGAUGGGGAAUGAGGCUGGAGAGAGAGGUGAGUCUUAGGACCAGAACUCUGAAUCCUGAAGUUAUGGGUUGACCAUUGUCGCUUCAAGGAAGGGUCUCUCAGGUGGAGGAAAUGCCCACUGGGUCUAUUUGGGGUGGUGACAAACCAGAGAGGAUGGUGUGGGAUGGGAGGGGGGAGGUUGGUUCUUGAUUCCAGCUGAAUAAUCACCAAAGGGGCAUUUGUCCUUGGCUAUCCCAGCCCAUACCUGGCCACAAGAUACUGGCAAGCCAUUGGCAGGGGUACAGGAUCAAGGGGGUUUGAACUAGGCUGCUUAGCCAGGGAGGGGUCUCCUCCCAGGGAGACUGGGUUCAGAUCCUUUCACGGCAUAGACCAGUAGGGAGCAGCCAUCCAGGCACCAGGAAACCCCUGCUGCCUCUGUCACUCUGGGCAAACUUCUUCCCCACCGGCCUCCGUCUCCUCAUCAGCUAUCAAAUGUGAAGUGGCUUGACUGAACAUACGUAUAAGCAAUGCAGACCCUCCCACUGUGGCUCCAGAAGGGAGGCUGGAGGAGUUAGAGGAUCCAUUUUCAUUAAUCACAUCAACAAGUAUUUAUGUGCCUAACUGGGCUGGGUACUGUGGGUGUUCUGCUCAUGUGGACAGACAUGAACUAAUCGUAGAGCAUCACAGGAGUAACCAGGAUGCCUGGGAAGAGAUGAGCCGAGGGCUCCAACCACAGACACUGGUCCAGACUAGAGCUGCUCACCCUAGGCAUUUGCAAGGAAGGACUCUAUUUGAAGAGUCAUUGAGUAUGUGGCCAUGUGACUACAAAUGCUUCUUUUUCCAUGCAGAAUGAAAACAUGGAAAGCUUAUAUUUGAGCUUAAGUAGCGAACUGGCUAGACGGUCCUGCCCAGAUGUCUCCCCAAAAGUGUGUGCCCCUAGGGGAUCCCAGUGGGUAAGAGGAGUGAGCAUAUCUCUUUCCUGGCCCUUUCUAUCUCCAAACAGAAGACAGGGUUGGGGGAGCAGGCUGUGGUGUGACUGAGGUGGUAUUGUGCCUGUAUCCUCAGCCACUAUGGACACUGGGAGGAGGGACCUCUUGAUGCUGAGCAGUAGAGGGCUGGAGCCUCUUACAACUGAGGAAGCCUGGCAUGUUCCACUACACUGGGACUUGGGCCAGUGAGUUUGAGUCCUGGAACUCCUGUAAUGUGAAGGUGAUCUUGCCCUGCCCAACUGCAGAGGUGUUUUUAUGGCUGGAUCUGUUCUUCACCAGGGAUUGGGCCCUACUGUAGUUCUGAGCAAGGCCACAGUGCCUGUCCCCUCUAUGGACAGCAGCCUGGGCCUUGAGAGGCUUCUCAUAGGGCUGCACAGCAUCCCUCUCUUACCUAUAGUUUGCAGGCCACUGGGGGACCCUGGAGAGCAGCUCUAGCACUAGCUCUAGCACUAUUUCUGCUAGGCAGGUGCUGAACUACUGAGGAAAGCUCAAGCACAGCUGGCUCACCUCUUCCAUGGAAGAGAGGUAUUCUGGGACCACGAGCCAUACUCCUUUGGCCAUCACCUUUCCCCACUGCCCUGGAAUAGAAGUGGCUCCCUGAGCUUGCAGGGCACUGACAGGCAGCAGCAGAUUGGGUGAUGGCUGCCAGGAGUCCUGUACUCCCAGCGCCAUGGGGUUGGGAGGGCAGAGUACGGGGUGUUUGUACACAGGGAGUACCCUCUGAGCUGGCCACUGCCCCCACCGACCCCUCCACAACAUCCCACAUCCCAGCCUGCCCCAUGCUCACCCUUGGUCAAGCCGGAAGAUUGGGAUUCACCACAAGAGUAAGGGCAGCAAGGGGCUAUGUGUCCCAGGAUCAACACUGCCUCAAGUUAACCACCAACCUGCAAGCUGCUAAGGAACUGGAUCACCACUCAUCUUGCCUGUUCACAUUUAGGCCCAGGAGAAGGCUCUGGUGAACUCAUCUCUGAUAAAUCAUCUCCGUAUCUUGUCACCCCUUCAGUAAAGACCUUCCUUAGCUUUGAUGUCUCCACUGGCUCUCUCCAUCGAACAUGCACUGAAGAGACACAAGCAGGGCAAGUCAGGAGGCUGCUGCUGCCACUGCUGGCAACCACGGCCCCGGGCUCCCUGUGAAGGUGUCAGGAAAUGGAAAAGGCCAGACUCAUCUCCUUUUUGCCUGCUAUUAGCCUAACCGUGAAAGUAUCUCUUUAUACGGAAUACUUAACAGAUUCUAAUAUAUAUUUGUAUUUCAUUUUGUUAUAGUAUUUUUAUAUGUUAAAGUCAAUAUCCGGUGUCUCAUUUUGCUUUUCAGAUGUGGUGUGGUUAUGACAUUUUGUUUAGGGGUUUCUGUAGUCUUGUCUGGAUCACUCUUUUAGAGAGACUGGUUUAGAACAGGCCCGUGAGGGAGCCACACCUGCCCUUUCCCUAGAAUUGUUCUAGAACGUGUUGGAUAUUAUCUGUUGUUCUCCAUGUGAACAUGACAUUGUUUUGCUCAGGUUCUGCCUUGUGGAUCUCUUUUUCUGCACCAAGGAUCACUUUUUCAGCACCCAUGGCUGCUGACAUGCCCCCCCUCCCAGGGUUUGAGGGUUUCUGAGCUGUCCACACUCUGGCCACAAUUCAGGGAUGGCUCUUAGAGGCAGCACAUGUAGAACAUCUUCCCUUGGAACGCUCUGAUCCUUCUGAAGUGGCAAAGGAGGUGGGUUCCUCCUGGAGAAAGGGGAAGUCUCGGAGGAUAUAGCUUGGUCAUAACUCCCUGGGGAUGUCAGGGCAGGGGCAGACCCUCACAUGGCAUAGCACACAUGGAGAUCUGGGGAGGCUGCUUAGCUUCAUUUCCCUUCAAGUGUCUGCAGCUACACCCAAAUUUUGUGUUUGUAGACAGAGCCGCAACCACAUUUAACCUGGCUCUGAGGUUUCAGUUCAUCAGGGCAACAGACCAGAAAGCAGUGGGGCUUCUCAAACUGUCCUGUAAGGUUAACCUGUCCCCAGUACAGUUGGUUCAUAGGGAUCAGUGGAGAAAAAAGGCAAAUAUACUUCUAUAGUAGUUCUGCUACAAUUUCAGACUGCAAAAUUGCUCUUGGGAGUCUUCCAGGAUGCAUGACCUGAGCAUCUAUGUGAGAUGAGGCCAGGCCCUGGCAGUCAGGCUGGGCAAGGUCCCUACUACCAACGGGACCCAGCUGGCCCUCCUCUGAUGCCAGUACUACAGACUGAUUUCCCACUAGAUCAUGAUGAUGUUUGCCUAGGUCAUACCUUAACAGCACAUGGUCACCUUGAAAGGGGGGGGCAGUGAUGGUAACCGCAAUGCCAGCAAAGCAAUUAGGGGUUUAGUAGGAAAUAUAAUGAACCAGUACAGGGGAGAAAAUGGUUUUAAAAUAGGGAUUGUGGGGCAGCCCAGGUGGCUUAGCGGUUUAGUGCCGCCUUCAGCCCAGGGCGUGAUCCUGGAGGCCUGGGGUCGAGUCUCACGUCGGGCUCCCUGC